AUGGUGAAUAGAUGGGCAAAUUGGGAAUUUCACAUGUCAUUCAACGUUAGAGCUGGUCUUGUCAUAUCUCUUGCAUCCAUUUUCGACAUGGACGUGAACAAGUACCGGCAAGUCCUAUACAAAGGCCAUUUGUCAGAGAUUUUCGUCCCUUACAUGGACCCACAUGAUGACUGGUACUUCAUCAGUUACCUAGACUGUGGUGAAUUUGGUUGCGGCCAAUCUGCCGUGUCCCUUGAGCCAUAUACCGAUUGUCCCCCAAAUGCUGCUUUCAUGGACGGCAUCUUUGCGGGCCAGGAUGGAACUCCUACAAAAGUAUCAAAUGUUAUGUGCAUUUUCGAAAAAUAUGCCGGAGAUAUUAUGUGGCGACAUACCGAAUCUGAAGUACCCGGCAUGAAAAUCACAGAGGUUAGACCAGAUGUAAGUCUUGUGGCCCGGAUGGUGACGACAGUGGGAAACUACGACAACAUCAUUGAGUACGACACUACAAGAAAAUAG